UUCAUUUCAACAUGUUUUAAAUUUGUUUUCAAUCGAUACCUAAUUAAUUUUUCCAAUAACAAACAUCCAUCAUAUCUAUUCCUAUCAAUAAUAGCUUGAUAACAUUAGCCACUAUGAAGAAAUCUCAGACAUCUUCGGCCACAGAUGCUCUUUCAUCCCUUAAUCGCAGUAACACCAAUCCCAGCCAAGUUUCAUCGCGCGCUAGAUCAACAGAAGUUUAUGCUAAUCAGGAUGAAGAUGCAAAUUUGGCUUUGGAAACAUUCAUCAAUGGUCUGCAGUUGAACACAUUCUUUCAACUAACCGAAGAUGCUCAAGAAGAAAGAAUGGCUAAAAUCGAUGUUUUAGAACUUUAUGACGCCCUACAAGAGGUUAAUCGUGAAUUGGCAAUGUCCCGCUUGGAAAGUCAUUAUCUCUACGAUUUCUUAAAGAAAAACGAUGCCAAGCUUUUAAUAGGUCUGCAGCAAAGACGUGCCACUACGCCAAGUCAAAAAUUAGUGCGAGCCAAAGAUGCCACACAAUCUCUAAGCAGCACACAGGCCAUUAGGAAUAGGAUAUCCAGUUUUUCCAUGUCUCGAUCUUUUGUCACAACCACAACGGGAAGUUCACAGAGGAAACCGGCUGUGGAGUACAAAUUGAACUUUAAGGCAAAGGCGGAAAUGGCAGAAAAAUUAGCCAUGGAAGUUGAAAAGAGGGUGCUGGCAAUGGAGAGUGCAGUUCUAAGCCAAGUCAAAAUCCUUCGCGGCCACAUGGAAGAAUUGCAGUUUAUGUAUCAGGAAACUCAGGAGACGGCUCAUAAUUUUAAACUUCAUUUUCUGCGCGAUCCCAAGGACAUGGAGUUUUUGCAAACAGCCACCGAAAAACAACUGGAACGUAAACUCAAAAAGUUUAUCAAUAAUUGGAUGAAAAAUGCUCGCGCUCUGCUUGCUAAAAUGCGUCUAAAGACUGCCGCUUUGCAGGACCAUUGCCAAGAAUUGCGCAAUCAGCUAUUUAUCAAGUCAGACUUAAGCGGUACCAUUUCUCAUUUGGAUUUUGAAAAGUCAAUGAUUAAACGCUCGCAACUAUUAAAGACAUUGCAUAAGCAGAUUGCACAUGUGGCCGGGCUUAAGGGGGUAGCCGGCAAGGCUUCACUUGCCAUGUCAAAGGAGCAACAAACCAUGUUGAAGCUGGAAGAAGAGGCCAAACAAUUGAAUAAUGAAACUUUGGCAACAAUAAAGGCCAUUGGCAAAUUGGAGGAUGAAAUUCGCAUUUUGGACAAGGCCAAUGCCAAGGAUAUGGAGGCUUUGUGGGGCUUGCGCAUGAAAAUGGAACAUUUUGAGGCUCCAAGUGUGGAUCAAUAUAUGGAAAAGAAACAUGAGCUCUUCAACUUGGAAAAAGAAGAGAAAAUGUUGAAGCGCAAGCUGCACAUUUUAAAUAUGAAAUUCAAAAAUGCCCAAAGACAAUGUGGAAAGCAAGCUAAGGAUUCUAUGGAAAAUUAAACAUUUGAAAAAAGUUUUUGAUGUAUGUGAAAUAAAGAAAAAAUACUCUGAAAUACUUUUCAAACUAA